AUGGCAGCUACAGGUUCCCCGAUUGCUAAUCUUAAACUUCUUAACCAUCGUAACUAUGAAUAUUGGAGUCUCCGGGUGAAAGUGUACCUGUUAGCUGAAGAUGUUUGGGACCUUGUGGAAGCAACCACUGAACCACCUAAACCAGAAGAUGGUGAGGUUGCGUUUAAGGCUUGGAGGAAGAAUAAUGCCAAGGCUUUACUUGCAAUCCAGACGUGUUGCGGGGAUGAUACUUAUCCUAUAAUCGAGGGCAUUACCGAGGCCAAAGCUGCCUGGGAUGCUUUGGCUGAAGAGCUAAAGCCUUCUGAUUCUAAUAAAGAGCUAAAGCCUUUUGAUUCUGAAGAGCUAAAGCCUUCUGAUUCUGAAGAAGAAACAGGGCAUAAUAAUAAUGAUGAGAGCGAUGUGAAGUAUGGUCCUUUGUACGAUAGUUUGAAGCGUGGUGAUUGGAAUGCUGCAAAGGAGUUUAUUGAUGGACACGCCGAGGCACUAACACAUAGAGGUUCAACAAGCGGUGGGACAGCUCUUCACGAGGCAAUCGAGAGGAAGCAGUUACACAUUGUGGAAGAGUUGUUGAAGCUGAUGACAGAAGAGGACUUGGAAAUUCAAGAUUACAAUGGUUCCACAGCUUUUUUCUAUGCUUUGCAAAAAGGAAUGGCCGCAAUAGUUGCCAGUAUGGUUAAAAAGAACAAGAAAUUAGUUACCAUGCGUUUUACCAACUUAAAAGAUAGGACUCCAGUUUUAGCCGCUUAUGGUUUGGGCCAUUGGGAAAUAGCUCGCUUUCUCUAUUCUCGCACUCCAAUCCAUGUUUUGACUCAAGACAAUAACGGCCGCGAUGGUGCUCAACUUAUUUCCUAUUGCUUUGUCCACAGAAAUAAAUUUGAUAUUGGAUGGGAUUUACUUCAAAAGUACCCAAAAUUGGCCCUUACUGAAGGUUACUACGGGUACUCCCCUCUAAAUGCACUGGCUGGUUCUCGUUCCGCAUUUCCAAGUGGGGUUCCCCUAAGAUUUUGGCAACGCUGGAUUUAUAACAAUAUACACGUACAACAACAUCAACCUGCUCCUAUCAACCCUGAUGUUUGUGUAAAUUUGGAAGAACUAGAAGAUGACAAAAGAAAUAGAAGGGAUCUCAUUUCCUCAGCCAACAUCUACGGAUUUCGCAAUGCAGUUACGGGUUUCUUCCAAGGAGUUGUUAAGAAUCUUCUCAAACUGUUAGGAAUCCAUGACUUGCAUGAAAUGAGAUUUCACCAUGACCGAAUUCUUCAAAUUCUACCACUCGUGUGUGAUGUGGCAAAAUGUACAAAUCUUGACUCGAAGCAAACUGACUUCGUGAAAAAGGCAAUCCUCCGAGCUGUAGAAGGAGGACAAGUGGAGUUUAUUAAGGAGAUGUGUAAGGCGAAUCCAAGAUUCACACUAGUGACGUUGGAUGAAAGAGGCAGAUCAAUGUUUGAUUACGCCGUCGAAUGUCGUCAAGAAAAAGUUUUUAAUCUUAUAUAUGGGUUCAGUGAAUAUGAUAGGAAUGCUAUCGUAGGGACUGCAGAUGUGUCUCACAAUACUAUCCUACAUGCAGCAGGGAGUUUAUCUGCCCACCUUAAUCAUAUUCAAGGUGCAGCUUUGCAAAUGCAAAGAGAGCUACAAUGGUUUAAGGAGGUGGCACGUAUUUUACCCCCCCGGCACUUGGAAGCAAGAAAUAAGACCGAGCAAAUAACAGCACGAGAACUAUUCACCAAGAACCACAAAGAAUUGGUGAAGGAAGGAGAAGAGUCAAUGAAAGGGACAGCAACUUCUUGCACAGUCGUAGGUGCCCUCAUUGUUACCAUUAUGUUUGCUACUGUAUUUACAGUUCCUGGUGGAAACAAUCAAGAUACAGAUUCUAUAUCACUCUUUUCUUCGACGACAUCAGUGAUGAUAUUCUUGGGAAUUCUCACAUCACGUUAUGCAGAAGACGAUUUCCUCAGUUUGCUUGCCGGCGUUCCAAUCGCCUCGUUUGUGUGGAUGCAAUUCCCCCUCUUUCUUGACAUUUUUAUGUUUACCUAUGGAAGAGGAAUAUUUGACAAGAAAUGCAGAGCCUGGGAAUAA